CGCCAUUUCAGCAUCAAACAGAAAACAUUCCGAUGAUGGCUCUGUUCCCAUCUCCUCUCGAGCGCACCGUCGCUUCAGCUCUCCUCCUCCUCUCCACCACACCACCUUCGCCUCCUCUCAAGUUGAAUUCCGGUGGUGAGACUUCGCGGACAGAGGAAAAGGACCGGAAGAGCAGCGAAGCGAGCUUGAGCUUGGCGUCCAUUGGAUCGAAAUCGUGCUCGUCGUAUCUCACCUGCGAUGUCUCGUCUCGGGAGGUUCGAGCUCAAGAGCUCGGGAUCGUCGCCGUUGCAGUUGGCUGCCAUGACAUUAUGAAACUCAAGGUGGUGAAAAAGAGUCGCUCGAAGGUCUCCUGGAGCUCUGAUAACCAAAAGGCGACGUUCAACAAGCUAGAGGUGAAGCUAUCGGAAUCCUUGUCCACAGAUGCAUCGUGCCUAUCGAGCAGUUCCAGCGCGAUCUCAAGCGCGCGAAGCCGACACACUACCGGGGCCGAGAAAAAACCGGCAGAGAAAUCUGAGAAGUCAAGGAAGAAGGGCGAUGGCUCAACUCACCUCCGCCGCCGAGCCGAAGCGAUUCUGAAAUUACUCUCCGGCCGUGGCUUCUCUGAAGUGACAAUUCGUCGCAUUCUUGGUGACAGUCCUGACACAAGCAAAGCUCUCAGAAUGUACUCUCUCUCUCUCACUCUCUCACUCACUCAUAUCUGGAACUAAUGUUCUACGUGUCAUAUGACGUGGCAAUUUAGAAAGCAUGACAAACUAGAUAGGCGAUGAUGUAUAGAGUUUGUCAUAUCCCACUGGUUGAUAAAUUCUGGUGAUCUAAGAAAAUGGUAUAUAUAUAGUUAAAAUAAGAAGAGCAACAGAAACAUCAACAGGAGUGGUUUUAAUGCCAUAAUCUGGUAAUAAUAGAAUAUAAAACUAGUGGUAUUACUUGUUGUGCCUAACAUAUAUACUAUUUUCAAGCUGCAGUAAAUGAAAGUGUUAUAUUCUA